AUGGCCCCCGCUCCGCCCCGCGCCGCCUCCUUCUCGCCCGCCGAGCUCCAGAGACGCCUGGCGGCGGGCGCCUGCUGGGUUCGCCGCGGGGCACGCCUCUACGACCUCACGGGCUUCGUGCGCCACCACCCGGGGGGCGAGCAGCUGCUGCGGAGCCGUGCUGGCCAGGACAUCAGCGCCGACCUGGACGGGCCGCCGCACCGGCACUCGGCCAACGCACGCCGCUGGCUGGAGCAGUACUACGUGGGCGACCUACAGGGGGACCCGCAGGGCUCCUUGGAGAACGGGACUGGGACCUCCGCGGAAACUCAGAAGACAGACCUUGAGAUCGAACCAAGGUUGAAAGAGGUGGACUGGGAGAAGGACUUGGUGGACUGGAAGAAACCCCUACUGUGGCAAGUGGGUCACUUGGGAGAGAAGUAUGAUGAAUGGGUACACCAGCCAGUGAUCAGACCCAUCCGCCUCUUUCACUCAGACUUCAUCGAAUCCCUCUCCAAGACCGUCUGGUACAGCGUUCCCAUCAUCUGGGUUCCCCUAAUGCUGUACCUCAGCUGGUCCUACUACCAAACCCUUGCCCAGGGCAACGUCCGGCUCUUCACGUCCUUCACCACAGAAUACUCGGUGACGGUGCGGAAGUCCAUGUUCCCAGGCCUCUUUGUGCUCGGGAUGUUCCUCUGGAGCCUGGCUGAGUACCUCCUCCACCGCUUCCUGUUCCACAUGAAGCCCCCCAGUGACAGCUAUUACCUCAUCACGCUGCACUUCGUCCUGCACGGCCAGCACCAUAAGGCUCCCUUCGACGGCUCCCGCCUGGUCUUCCCCCCGGUACCAGCAUCUCUGCUGAUCGCUGCCUUCUACGGGCUGCUACGGCUCAUCCUGCCCGAGGCGGUGGGGGGCUCAAUAUUCGCCGGGGGCCUCCUGGGGUACGUGUUCUACGACAUGAUCCACUACUACCUGCACUUCGGCUCGCCGCACAGAGGCUCCUUCCUGUACACCAUGAAGGCCCACCACGUCAAGCAUCACUUUGUGCAUCAGAAGUCAGGAUUUGGCAUCAGCACGAAAUUGUGGGAUUAUUUUUUCAACACCCUCAUUCCCGAGGAGCCCCACCCGAAGAUGCAGUGA